AUGCGAAAGUUGAUAAAUUUUAUCCAUCAAUCAAGCGUUCUAGAUCGUUAUGUCAAAGAACGAAUUGAAAACAAAUUGCAAGAAAUUAAUAAUCGUUUGCUACCGGAUCAACAACAACAACAUGUUCAAUUCAAGGAUUUGAUAAUUGAUUUCGAAAUACGAUGGAAUACUACGUACUUAAUGUUACAACGAUUUUUGCUUUAUUGUUCAAUCAUUACAAAUAUUACUCAAAAUCCAUCAAAUGAAAUUGGACUGAAGGAAAAUUAA